ACAUUGACAGUAGUGACAAGUACAAACAGGUUUCAUAAACGCGGCUAUCGACAAACAACUUCGAAUCCUGUUGUUAAUUAUCAAAUUACUUGAGAAAUCCAGUGUUUCAUAAUUGGAAAGUGCUCACAAAUCAAAUAUUAAAGGAAAUCAUUCAUUAUAUCAUCAGGUAACUUCAUAGAUGCUUUAAGAGGAAAUUACAUACUACAUAUCAACAUCAUUGCCCAGUGGUGGAGAGAAUGCAUUGCUGUAGUAUUUGAAGAAAAUCUAAUAAAAGAAACUAGGUUCAAUUAAUGACAAGGAUUAUUGCACAACAAUACUGCUGAAAAAUAAAAAAUGGAAGAAAUAUAUUUGGAGAGACUAAAUAAAUUUGUAUCUGGAAUAAAAAACCUGUCCAACAGUUCCAAGGUCCUUUGUACUCUGAAGUCGUGGAGUGAUGAGGAGGAAGAACAAGCCAAGAUUGUUUCAGCAAAAUUACAAGCCGUGAUAAACCGAUUUAACACGGAGCUUUACCAAUAUUUUAAUACAGCUACUAAUCCGAAUGCUGAUGAAAUAUCUAUUCUGACGACAGAGCAAUUAAAUGGUGAAGAAGCACUAGCUGAAUUGAACGCGCUUAUACAAUCAAAACGAGACAAGUCUGGUUCUUCAUCCACCUCAAGUCAUCCUACCAAUAGAGGAAAGUUGCCCGAGCUUCAUUUGCCAACAUUUGAUGGGAAUGUUCUUCAGUGGACACAGUUUUGGGAUCAAUUUAACUCGAAUAUUGAUCAAAGGGAUCUGAAAGAUGUAGACAAGCUCCUUUAUCUGAAAACAUCUUUGAAAGGAGAUGCGAAGACCAUUUUAGAUGGAUUGGAAACAACUAAUGAUAAUUACAAAAUAGCUGUUACUAUGCUUACCAGCCGAUAUGGUAGAAAAUCACAGAUAAUUGAUGCUCAUUAUUCAAAACUAUAUAAACUAAAGAGGGCUGAGAACCAGGACGAAUGUAGGAAAACGUUAGACGAUAUUGAUCGGCACCUUAGAAUAUUAAACUCCUUAGGAGAAAAUACUGAACACAAUCACCUGAGAUUCCUAAUUAUGGAGAAAUUCCCCGAAGAUAUUAUAUACGAGUUGAAAUUGAAAUUAAAGGAUGAAUCCAUAGAGGAAUUAAGGAGAGAACUGCAGGUAGUGCUAACAGCCAGAGAAGAUGCUAAAAGAACUUGCAUGGAAGACAACAGCAAAGACAAAAAUUACACAACAGAAACUCUUCUCAUACAAGAGUCAAAAAACAAAAGAAAACCCAAGUCAAGGAAACCAGAUGCUAACAAAAUCAACCAUAAGAGGUUCAAACCAACUGUGACUGCCUUUAGUAAGAUAUAUAACAAUAAACGAAAGUUCAAAGAAGAAGAAAACCAAUCUGCACCCAUUAAAAAGAAAAGGAAGAUCUCAUGUAUAUUUUGUGGUGGAGAUCACUUCAAUGACGAAUGUACCAAUGUCAAAACCAUACCACUUAGAAAGGCAAAAUUAAAUAAUCGCUGUUAUGUAUGUUUAGGUUUAGGCCACGGUGCAAGGACGUGUAAAAACAAAACAAGAGUUUGUCCGCAUUGUGGGAUGAAAGGACAACACAACCGAGCGCUGUGUCCUACAAAGGAACAACUUAAGAAAGAGACUACCACCUCAUUACAUAUCAACGACGAUUCACCUACUGUUCUGCAGACAGCUAUUGUUAAUGCCAUAGGAAGGAACAAUACAGUCAUUAAAUGUCGUGUACUUUUGGAUUGUGGUAGCAUGAGAAGUUAUAUUUUACAAAAGGUAGCUAGAAAACUUAAUCUGGAACCAGAAGAAAAACAAUGUCUUACGGUAUUCACCUUUGCCGGGGAACAACCGUAUGAAUUAGAAAGUCCAUUGGCUAGACUCUAUCUACAAACAAAAACAAAUAAAAUGAAAUUAAUAUACGCAAAUAUCGUGCCUACUAUCACUCGUGACAUAUCCACUUUUAAUAAAGAUUUCUCGGAAUGGAGACAUCGAGACCGGUAUCUUCUAGCCGACGAUGGAUCACUUGAGGAUCAAAUUGACAUCCUGAUCGGAAACGACUAUUACCAAUCACUAAUGUUGUCUGAGAAAAUAGAGAUAAAGGAAAAUCUUUAUCUAGUAGACUCUGUGUUUGGUUGGAUACUAUCUGGUCGAUCGAGAGAGGAAAGGGGAGACGAACUGUCCGUACUCACGUACUUCCAAGCUUCAUAUGAGACCAAGCUAAACGAACCUGAUCCACCGUUGGAUAAUACAUCUAUGAAGACUUUGUGGGACCUAGAAUCUAUUGGAAUUGUCGACUCACCUAACACCAAUAGAGAUGAAGAAGCAAUCAAGCACUUCAACGAAAACACCAUGUUGAAGGAUGGAAGAUACCAAGUCAGCUGGCCAUGGAAAGAUUAUCCUCCACAGUUACCAACUAAUUACGGAUUAGCGUAUGGAAGACUCGUGGGACUCGUUAAGAGACUAAAUAAAGAAACUUUAUCACUUUACGAUAAGACACUAAGUGAUCAAUUGGAAAAGGAAAUUAUCGAAGAAGUUCCUAACGAGAAAGGAAAGGAACAUCCCAUACAUUACUUACCGUUUCAUGGAGUAAUGGCCACUGGAAAGCCACUUAGACUCGUCUAUGAUGCUUCAGCUAAAACAAAGAAUGCGAAAAGUCUUAACGAAUGUUUAUAUGCCGGUCCCAUGAUGCUCGAAGACCUUACUGGAUUACUUAUUCAAUUUAGAUGUCAUAAUAUAGGAUUAACUGCAGAUGUAGAAAAGGCUUUCUUACAGAUUGGAUUAAAUAAUGAUGAUAGAGAUGUAACUAGAUUUCUCUGGGUGAAGGACUCUGAAAAACCUGUCACUGAAGACAACCUCAUACAAUAUAGAUUUACUAGAGUUCCUUUCGGAAUUAUCUCAAGUCCAUUUUUAUUAAAUGCAACCAUAAAACAUCAUCUACAGACCUCUGAAGGAAAUUAUACCAAACAAUUAGCUAACAACAUAUAUGUGGACAACCUACUUACAGGCACGGGGUCAGUGGAUGAAGCUUUAGAAUUGUACAAUGAGGCAAAAGAUAAGUUCUUAGAAAUAUCAAUGAAUCUUCGAGAAUGGAGUUCUAAUUCAAAGGAUUUCAUAAAUCAAAUACAGGAUGCGGCACCGGAACCUAUAGUAAAAACUUUAGGUUUAAAUUGGGAAUUGAAGAAAGACUCACUUCAUCUAAGAGCCAAAGUAAUUAAGACCAACAAAGUUACAAAAAGAGGUAUUCUUAAAACUAUAGCGGCAAUAUAUGAUCCUUGUGGAUUCAGUGUACCCGUAGUAUUACCAGCCAAACUACUUCUUCAACAAUUAUGGAAGGAAAAAGUCAAAUGGGACAGCUCACUAUCAGAUGAAAAGAGACAAGAAUGGGUAAAUAUUCUAGAAGAUCUUAAAGCAAUAGAGUCAAUACGUCUACCAAGAAAUAUGACUAUUCCUAAUGAAAGAAAGGCACAAUUGCAUUGUUUCGCAGAUUCUUCGACAGUAGCCUACGCGGCCGUAGUAUACUUAGUACAAAAGGAUAACAUCCAGUUUGUAAUAGGUAAAUCACGCCUUGUGCCUGCCAGGAAUCAAGAAAACCUAAAAAUACCGAAACUUGAACUUUUAGGCGUUUUAAUUGGCAGUAGACUCAUUAAAUAUGUCCUCAAAUUCUUGCAAAUGGAUAGCACAGAAACGAUAUUAUGGACCGAUAGUCAGAUCGUAAAAAGCUGGUUUUAUUCAGACAAACUGUUAGAACCGUUCGUAUCUAGAAGAAUAGAAGAGAUAAGAAGUAAUAAAAACCUAAUCGUGAAGUAUGUUCCAUCUGGACUUAAUCCAGCAGAUGUUGCAACACGACCGAGUACUUCAAAAGAAGAGAGAAAUAAGUGGUUGGAUGGACCUACCUUCUUACGACAUGAUCCAAAGGCCUGGCCCAAGAGCCCAGGUAAUGAAGUUUCUCUUCUGUUGGGGGAGGGUCUGUCUAACACAGAAAAUCAUCAAAAAGAUAAAACAUUGCCUACCAAAUCAAAUCCUGUAACAAACUCAGAUCCUCAAUUACAAGAAAUAAGACAGUUACAACAAACAAUGUUCCCGGAAGAAGUGCAAGGGAAGAAAACGAGUUUAGCUCGCAACCUAGGUUUAUUCUGUGACACAAAUGGAAUCUUACGAUGUGACGGUCGUCUCACAAAUUCAGAUUUAUCCUUCAACGCAAAACAUCCCAUUCUCUUACCGAAAGAAUGUGAAUUCACAGAAAAACUCAUAAAAGAAACUCAUGAAAAGAAUCUCCAUGUAGGAGUACCUCACACUUUAAGUCUUAUACGUCAGAAGUAUUGGAUACCUCAAGGUAGAACUAGAGUCCAAAAAACAUUAAGUAAAUGUCCAAGAUGUGUAAAACACGGAGGAGGUCCGUAUGAAUUACCCAAGACUCCUGCAUUACCGGUAGAGAGGGUGAAGUAUACGACUUCAUUCGCUUACACAGGGGUAGACUAUUUUGGACCAAUGAUUGUGAGGACGGAAAACGGUUUAAAGAAAAGAUGGAUCUGUCUGUUUACGUGUCUUGUAAUAAGGGCGAUACACCUAGAAGUCGUCAAGGAUCUGACGACUAAUGAAUGUCUCAUGGCAUUUAGAAGAUUCAUUGCUACAAGAGGAGCUCCGACUCUUAUAUUAUCUGACAAUGCCUCGCAGUUUAAAUUAUUGGGAGAAGUAUUGUCAGAAGAAAGAAAUUUUAUAACUAACAUAAAAUGGAAAUUUAUUCCACAGCUCGCACCGUGGCAUGGUGGAGCUUAUGAAAGACUAGUAGCAAUUGUAAAGCACUGUUUAAAGAGAACACUUCAAAAACACAUGCUUGAAGACAAUCAACUGUUAACCAUAAUUAAAGAAGCAGAGGCGGUUAUUAAUACUAGACCCCUCACAUAUGUGGGAUCAAAUGUAGAACACAUACUUAAACCUGCAGAUUUCCUAACGACAGGAAAGUGUUUAAGUAUAGAAAUACUCAUAGAAAGUUUACCACUUUCAGGUUCACUUAUAAAACAACAACUUAUUGAAGGUUGGAAUCGCGGAAACAUGAUAAUGGAUGAAUACAAAGAAAUGUUUAUUAACCAGUACUUACUUAGUCUCAGAGAAAGAUAUCGAAAUUCACCUAAACAAGCAAGGGUGAGAUCUCAGAAAAACCCAAAGGUGGGAGAUAUAGUACAAAUAAAGAGUGAAGCUAAAAAUAGAGAAGGAUGGAAGGUAGGAAAGAUUUCAGAAUUAAUAAAAGGAAAGGAUGGAUUGUGCAGAGUUGCAAAAGUAAAAGUAGGGGACAGUGUGUUCACAAGAUCUAUUGCACAUUUGUAUCCUCUGGAAGUGGAUGAGGAUGUAUCAUUCCAAGAUCCUACAAGGGAAUCCCUAGUAAAUGAGGAUAAAACAACAUACUUUGAUACUGAAGAUCUCCCUCAGACCUUACCUUUAAGGACUAAAGAGAGUAACACGUACGUCCCUACCUGCACAAACGAUUCUAAGGAAGAUCAUCACAUAUUAAAAGAGACAAAUGAAAACGACUUGACAAUGGACCAAGGAGGACUGUUGGAAGGCACAAAUUUGAUACAAAACAGGGAAAUUGCUCCAGAACAAGUUCCUUCUGGGUCAGAAACUGAUAUAAAUAAUGAAGAGUCGUCAAAUCAUCAAAUUGUAUCGACUGAUCAACGUCGAGCAGCCGCGGUCCAGGCUAUGGAAAGAAUCCAUAGAUGGACACAAGAAUUAAUGUCAGCCAUUAAUUAAGAUCCAGAGGGGGAGUGUCGCGAAGUACGCGAUGAUUGUAAAUAAUAGACAGCAACACUUAAGCCCGGAAACGUAAAAUAAAGAACAUGAAAUUUAGUCUAUGGUAAGUGACGCUCUUUUCUCCUUUUCAAAUGUAUCAUGGUUGUUGCAUAUCUAAUUUGUUCAAGUAAAAGUUAAUAUCAGUGAUAGUGACUCAAGAUUUCCUGUUUCUUGCUCGUGAAAGAAAGCUAAGUAUUUAGCAUAAGAUAAAAUAAAACGAAUUAUCAAUGUUUGGAUUUAUUCUAUAAUGGUUUGGUUUUACAAUUUCUCACUAUGUGCUUACUCUGUUCAAUGCUGUUUAGCUGGCAUGCAAGUGUGGCAUGCAAAUGAAACUAAGGUGUUAAACCACGCAUACAAGUCAUGUAUGCAAUGGAAUAAUAGGUAUAAAAUACCUUGAGGCAAUACUAACAUGCAAGCAGCGAUUGCAUGACGUAGGAGCUUGGCCAAUAUGGCAUCGCUUUGGGUGGCAUGAGAUAUCUGUACGAAUUAUGCUCGGAUGAUCUGGUUGCCGACCUAUAACAAGCUCAUACGUACCGGGUCUCUAAUAACUAAGAACAAGGCUUUGGGCCACCUAAUUAGAUUGAUGUCCUUUGGUACCAGGGGAUAGGGCGAUCUUAAAAUACAAGUACAGUCACAGUAUGUAAUUGUACCCGCCAGAUGUACUUGGCACAAUAAAAGUGCAUUCAUGUGAAAGCACAUCCAUAAGUGUUUGGAAAGUAAGUAAAUAAGUAAUAAAUAUAGAGUAAGACUAUACUGACUACCAUUCCAGUAAACAAUCCAUAUAUAUAUUGAUUAGGUAAAUAUUUAGUGAUUCAAGUGGAAUCAAUUUUAACAAUAUUUAAACAGGUCUGGAGUAAAACGUGGUCUAUGUUGGCCGCUGGCGUUGGGGAACGCUGGAGAUCUUGAGUCACACCGAGUCCAACUUAAUUAAGGUAAGGAUGACAAUAUUCCUCUCAUACUACAGAAGCCUCAAUUACAAUAAUGCCAUAGUAUGUCUAUCAACCAAUCAAUUAACUAAAUCAUAAAGCGAAGCAGAUAUUUAAUCCUACUGGGUUAUAGUUAUUGUUGAACCAAGGCAAGAGUGAUUAAAGGAAUCUUGGAUUACAAUGUUAAUCAUUAUAAAUCUUUAUGUAUUAAAUUCAUCCCCUUUG